AUGCCCCCCUCUGAAAUCGACGCCAUCUUCGCCUCCAAACGCACGCCCGCCCCCACACACCCGUCCCCCUCCACCUCCACCUCCACCUCCACCUCCAAAAAACCAAAACGUCCCCCAAAGCGCAAGCGUGGUCCCGCGGCUCAGUCCGACCCCGAAGAUGAUGCGUCGUCGCUCAAAAAACAUCGCCAUCCAGAGACUGUCCUCGACCCUUCCAUCCCUGUGACCCCCGUGCCGUCGAAGCAAAGCCGUAAGUCCAACCCCCGGCCGCCUUCUGACAGCGGCCCCGCAAGAAAGAAGGGCAGGCUCGCAACAGACGAUGUGGAGCGUUUCCGCGAUUCUAGAGGCACCGGCCCUAGGCGAAAGACCGAGGAGGGCUUUGCCAUAUACAAAGAGGACGAACUCGGCAUCAACGACCAGGGCGGCGAUACUCCCCUUUGUCCAUUCGACUGCCAAUGUUGUGAGUCUCAUGCGUGCUUCUCGUUCGCUGCAUACCAAUCAUUCGGUCCAGGUUUUUGA